AUGGCGACUCCCUUGUGGAGCCAGUCGUCCUGGCGACCGGAGCUCCAGCGAAAGGCAUGCACCUGGCCGGCGUGCUUGCACGCCACGGCUGGGCAGCUCGGGGGUAAAGCCGCGGACCAAGCUGGAUUUCUGCGUCGCUGCGCGCUGCUGGCCGCUGGGCCGUGUGUGCUGCUGGACCGCUUGCUGCUGGGCUGCGUGUGCUGCUGGGCUGUCUGUGCUGCUCGGCCGUGUGUGCUGCUGGGACGUGUGUGCUGCUGGGCCCUGUGUGCUACUGGGCCGUGUGUGGCUGCUGACGCCGGGCCACUUGCUGCUGGGCUAUGUGCGCUGCUGGGACGUGUAUUGGGUUGCGCCUGUGCGCUCUCGUGGCGUGUGGCUCAAGUGGCCGAGGAUUUGGACGAGUAUGGUGCUGUUGAUGGAUGCGACUUACCCGCGCCCAUGGAGCUCGUGAGGUUGAGCGCCAGGCCUUCGGGCCUGGAGGAUCGGGUUCAAACCCCGACAUGGGCAUCAAGUGAAGCGCAGGAGUGGCGGAAGGGCGGAAUUGGGUGUCGGGUCGACGACUUCGCCUUCGUAGUAGCGCUCGCGAAACUGGUCAAGGAGGACGGAAAGGUGGCCUGCUUUGUGACGCGCACGCAUGGCUUUGACGACCGAGCCAACGGCUACAGCCUGUGA